CCUUAUCUUUUCAGGGUGAGCUCGGACCGCAGGAAGGAGAAGUCCAGGGAUGCGGCGCGAUCUCGCAGGGGAAAGGAGUCCGAGGUGUUCUACGAGUUAGCACACCAGCUCCCCCUGCCACACAAUGUCACCUCCCACCUGGACAAAGCCUCCAUCAUGAGGCUGGCCAUCAGCUACCUGCGCAUGAGGAAGCUACUGAGCUCUGAUGAUGAAGAGAAGGAAAAUGAACUGGAGUGUCAGCUGAACAGCUUUUAUCUGAAGGCCCUGGAGGGUUUCCUCAUGGUCCUGUCUGAAGAUGGAGACAUGGUUUAUCUCUCUGAGAAUGUCAGCAAGAGCAUGGGCCUCACGCAGUUUGAUCUGACUGGUCACAGUAUCUUUGAGUUUUCACACCCAUGUGACCAUGAGGAGCUGAGAGAGAUGCUGGUCCAUAAGACAGGAUCCAAAAAGACCAAGGAACAAAAUACAGAGCGCAGCUUCUUCCUGCGUAUGAAGUGCACACUCACUAGCAGAGGGCGGACUGUCAAUACCAAGUCUGCUACGUGGAAGGUUCUUCACUGCGCUGGUCAUGUCCGUGUUCAGGAGCGCGGCGAGGGUUCGGGAGACUCUGGCUUUAAAGAGCCUCCUCUAACCUACCUUGUGCUCAUCUGUGAGCCCAUUCCUCAUCCCUCGAACAUCGAGGUGCCUCUGGACAGCAAGACCUUUCUUAGCCGCCACACUCUGGACAUGAAGUUCUCGUACUGUGAUGAAAGGAUCACAGAGCUGAUGGGAUAUGAGCCGGAUGAUCUUCUGAACAGGUCUGUGUACGAAUACUAUCAUGCCCUGGAUUCAGAUCACCUCACCAAGACACAUCACAACUUGUUCGCCAAGGGCCAGGCCACCACAGGCCAGUACCGCAUGCUGGCCAGGAAAGGUGGUUUUGUGUGGGUGGAGACUCAGGCCACCGUUAUCUACAACCCCAAGAAUUCUCAGCCGCAGUGCAUUGUGUGCGUCAACUACGUUCUCAGUGGCAUUGUGGAGGGGGAUGUUGUCCUGUCCUUGCAGCAGACUGAGACAGAGCCCGAGGCUGAGGAGAAAGAGAACCAGGAGAUGGAAGAUGAGGCCUCUGAGGUGGACAUACUCAAACUCUUCAAGCCAGAAAGCCUCAAGUGUCCCGUGGAGAGCUCUGAUCUUUAUGACAAGCUGAAAGAGGAGCCUGAGGCUCUUACUGUGUUGGCGCCUGCUGCAGGAGACACCAUAAUUUCUCUGGACUUCAACAACUCAGAUUCUGACAUGCAGCUGCUGAAGGAGGUGCCCCUCUACAAUGAUGUCAUGCUGCCCUCCAGCAGCGAGAAGCUGCCCAUCAGUCUGUCUCCUCUGACACCCAUUGACUCCACCCCAGUUCUGAACAAACUAGAGACCGGAGUGGAGGACUUCCCUUUCAGCUCUGCCUCAGACUCCACAAACACACCUUCCACAUCUGGACUGGGCUCCUCGGGGCCCAACAGCCCCAUGGAUUACUGUUUCCAAGUAGAUUCAGACAUCAGUUCUGAAUUCAAACUGGACCUGGUUGAGAAACUGUUUGCUAUUGAUACCGAGGCAAAGACCCCUUUUAGCUCCCAGGCCAUGGAGGAUCUCGACCUAGAGAUGCUGGCUCCGUACAUCCCAAUGGAUGAUGACUUCCAGCUGCAUAUCCCCUCUCCGCUGGAUCCGCUCCCCUCUGGCCCUCACUCUGUGUCAGCCAUGAGCUCCCUGUUCCAGCCCUUACCCUCCCCUGCGUCUCCAGCCUCUUCCUCCAGCAGCGUAGUGAAGCAGGGGCCAUCAUCACGGGCCCCUUCACCCCUGCACCUGCUACAGGAGGUGUGCAGUGCCACUGUCUCACCCUUCAGUGGCAGUCGGGAUGUUUCUCCUGCUCGGUCCCCCGCCCCACAGAGCAGCAAUCAGCUCAACAACAGAGAGCUGUCUCCAAAGAUGUUAGCCAUCCAGAAUGCCCAGCGUAAGAGGAAGUUGGAGGAAGUGACAUCACUUUGUGAGGCUGUUGGACUGGGUGCUUUGCUUCAGAGUGUGGACAGUGCUGUAGAGCCUGGAAAGAGGGCAAAGGUUUUCGAGGUUAAAGGAUCGAGUGUGCUCGGAGGAAAUAAAACCAUUCUCAUACUGCCCUCUGAUGUGGCCAGUCGCCUGUUGUGCAGUUCUUUAGAGGGCAGCAGCGGGCUGCCUCAGCUAACACGUUAUGACUGCGAAGUCAACGCUCCCGUGCAGGACCGCCAUCAUCUGCUGCAGGGAGAGGAGCUCCUGCGUGCUCUGGACCAAGUCAACUGAGCUUUGCUGUGUUUAGCAAUUCCGGACACUGCAUCCCCCUCU